ACCAAGUCCAAAAAUAAGGAGGCAGGUACUGGACUGCUCGAGUUCACUCUGUUUUAUACAGUUAAUCCAGCUGAAGUUCCAGCUGCUUUUGGCUAAUUGCAUUUGAUGGAGGCAUCUUAAAUAUUGUUGCCCUCAUAGCUGCUGAUCCAUGGGAAAUCACCAAUAAACACUGAAAGAUGUUGGCUUUUGUAAAGGGGGACUGUGGUUCAGAUAAGUGUUCUAACCUCGUGAGGAUAUCCAUUCAUAGACUGAUUGGGAAUACUUCUGUUUUGCUCAGCAAAUCAUCUGUUUGUAUUUUGUUUAUGGUCACAUCCAUUUCAAAGUUUUGUGUUUUUUUUUAAUUAAGAAAAUCAGUAAAUUGUAUCAGGAUGCAACUGCCUGGGCUGUUCUUGCUGUGUGUGCUUUUCCAGUCACGUUCAGUUCUUUUUUUACUGUUCCCUGAUCUGUGUAGUCAACACACAUUUAAUGAUAUCUGUACUCAGUAUCAAUGGCUUACUUGGUUACUGUCAUUGUUUAUGUCCUGAGGUUCAGUUCUUACUGGAUUUUACUUAAGAAUUGAGCACUGUUGUUGAGCAGUUACAGGAGUUAGUUCCAGCAAAUGCUGUUCUCACAGUUGGUUUCCAGUAAUUGUUGCAGGUAUUCAUGAAUCAGGAGAAAAGAUGAUAGCCAUAUUCCUGAGAUUCCUCAUUCAUCCGUGAUGAUCCAGUAGGUUUUUCAAGGCAUCUCAACCUAGCUAUGCAUUGUUGAGAAUUUAAUCCAGGUUCUCCUGCCAUAAUGGAAUUUUAAGAGCUGUUUUAAAUGUUAGAGAAUCUUUUCUGCAUCUGUUUAAAAAGAAAACUGGUGCUGGGGUUUUUUUCUGUGUGCAUUUCAGAGGUUGCACAGAGCAAGGGGCUUCACCUAGAUCUAUGAUUCCUGCUGAACUAAAGGUGGCUGUUGAGACUGGUGUAGGUGCUUGUUUCUGUGCAAAUUAGUGAUGCUGAUGAGCUCGUGAACCUUAAGGUUGGGAGGAAAACGUUCUUUGCUUCUGAAUGGCUUUUGACAGAGCAAAGUGCAGUCAGCACUUGAGGUUUUUUAAUCAGUCUGUUUUUGGGGUAAUCCCUGGCAGCCUCGUGCAGCACGAAGGUCAUUCCCACUGCUGUCUAAAUAAAGUAUUUUUACGCUGGUUUCAUCUUUACUGUAAAACCCUCUUUCUGAAGGGUUGCCUGAAAAAUCCAAUUAAGAUGUUAUAUUUGAGUAAAUUUAUUCUCUUAAUAUAAUGUAAAUAUAAGUAUUACCAUCUUUCUGUUUCAAUAUGCCCUACUUUUUAUUUGGUUUGUUUCUGUUAAAUGGCUUGUUUCAGAGUCUUUAUAUACAUACAUCAUUUUGUAUUUUUGCUUUGUGGUUUGGAAAUGUUCUGGUUUUAGGUUUCUCAAUGAAUGGGAAGAGUUGAAACCCACCAGAGGAGAAUUUCAUUUGUAUUAAAGCAUCCUUAACAAGAAUGUGAGUGCUUCAUUGCUGAUGUAACAUUUUAGGAGUUCUCAGUUUAAAUGUAGGUAGCAGACUCUUAACCAUACCUUGCUUCUGAAUAUCAUGAGUUUGCAUUUUCAGUUUCUUACUGGAAAAUAAAGCCUCAGUAUUGCUGGGGGAAUAACUGAGUCAUGAGGCGUAGAGCCACUGAGGUGCCACUGAGUGCAAUACUACAGAAGGAGAUCUGGGUAUCUCGUGCAUGCAGAUUGAGUGUGAAGGUGGUUAAGUUCAGCUGCUUUACUUUCCCUCUCGGCUCUGUUUCCUUUUGGAAGGAUUGGCUUUCAGCUGUGACUUCUUUUCCACGCUGGUUGUUUUCCAGAAUGCUUGGAAAACAGGAGAAGUAGCAAAUCACCCUUUUGCCUUAGUGUUCUGUUUUCCCUGCCACGUUUAAACAGACUCACAGAAAUUGAAGAAAUGAAAAAGCAGCAUUCCAGCUAAAAUAGGCCAAGGGUGCUGCUGUUCAGACCUUUCUGGUUCUGCGGGCCAGCUGGGAGUCCAAGUAUAAGUCUGUUCCAGUUGGGUCUUUCAUGUUGACGUGUAGGUAGAAAUAGAUCCCCUUUAGGCAGUCUAGAUGUGUUCUUAACUGAUGAAAAUAAAACACCCGGUUACUGUGGAAUGUCUCAUUUGGGCUUUAUGUAAGAGUUGUUUGAAGUCUCUUGGCAUGGGGAAGACCUUUAAAUUUGGGUCCUGCAUUAGUAGGAUUCCAGUAAUGAACCUCAAAAACGAGAGCCAUGAAUUUCCUAGUGCCAUCACCUUAUUCUCUACUUGUCCUUCUUUAGGUGGGAGGUGGACUGCAGUGCCUGUGCUGUGUAAAAAUAGGCAUCAAAGGUAGCUGGUACGUAAAUAUUGCAUCCUUUGCUUUCACAGAGCACACCUCUACCAGAAAAAAAUUCCCUCCGUUGGAGCAAAUGGUAAAAGUGACACCAGUCUCUAUUUUUGAGUCAGCAGCAUACAUACCUCUCUCCGAUGGCAGUGCAGGGUGUGUGACGUUGCAAGUCCAGAUGAGAACUGUGCAAGUGCAUCUCACAGCUUGUGCUAGUUUGGAGGAUGAUACGGAGGUGACUUCCUAAGCAGAGAAAGAACAUGAAUAUCCCUUUGGUACAAAAUGCUGCAAGGACUGUGCACCUGGUAAGUAACCUUCACUGUAUGGUUAUGGUACUUGUUUGAUAUGAUAUCAAUCAAUUAAUAACUUGCAAGUGGUAGAAAAUAUCUUGAUGAAAAUAUUCGAGUUAGGAAGUAAACAUGGGGAAAAAAACUAAUUGAGGAAUGUUCAUCGCUUUAGGAGGACAGGUUAUCUUGCAGCUUACUGAACUUAUGAACCUUCUCUAGGGAUACAGCAUUUCAUUUCUAUGGCUCAGUUUCCCUCCUGUGUCAGUGUGGUGCAUUUUCACUGUGGGAGUGUUAUCUGAGAAAAGGUGGUAGGAGUUACCUACUAAAAAGAAUUUCAACCCAGAAAUCCUGAAUAAUGGCAAAUAAAACUUUAGGUUAUUCUCUUGCUAUAGAUGUUUUAGAAACUUUUUUUCUAGCAAGGCUUUUUCUACUUAAGGCUUGGUGUUUUGUUUUGUUUUUUUAAGGAAAAAGCUACACUAUUAAACAAAAAUUGAAGAACUGUAAAUGAGAAACACCCAACUUUCUGUUCUUGUCUGUGAGCAGAUUCUACAAAGGUGCUUUCUAUUUUCAUGGCUGUCUACCACACAAAAUCGAUGUUAUGCAGUCUGUUGCAGUAGAAAUUGAACAUGGUGUUGUCUUCAGAUGCCAGUUGCGAUAAGUUGGCAUUCAGUAUGAAACUUAAAACUUGAGGCAGUCUCAUUACUGCCUUAUUCCCAAAACUAUGGAAACCUGAGUGUUUUUGGGCUCAGUUUAAGGAAAUUUAUACUUGCAUGCAGAUAUACAAGAUUGCUUAUAUCUCAAUCAUUUUGUUUCUCCUUGACCUACAAGGUGGAGGAUCAAAAUGAAAGAAACAACGUGUGAGGAUAAGGAUUAGUUAAGGGUAGUAUUUAACUUCAGCUGGAAGACUCCUGGUCAUUCAAGCUGAUCACGGUUCCUGCAGCUUAGGCUGUAUGAGGAGAAACUAGAUAGAGGAAUUCAAUUCCUUCUAUGAACUUGGCCGUUAAUCUGCUGUUUCAUUUUGGGCAAGUGGUUUUGCUUGCUAACCUUGGCAUCCCAGUGCAUAAAUCUGACCUUCUGUAAUUGUGCUUGAUAUGAUACUGAUUAGUACCUAUGGGUGCAAGUGUUAGCUGGGUUAUAAACGGAGUGUGUAAUGCACCUAUGGUCUUUGGAGUCGCAAGAAAUGCCUGCCUUCCAUCUUUUCUGUCUCUGUGUAUGAAGUGGAGCUGGUAAUGUAUUUGCUACUGAUGCUAAUGCAGAUGAGAAUCAAAAUACAGCCCCGUUCAUUCAUGUCUAGUGUGCUUUAAGAAUGCCAGCUUUGAGUUGAAUUGCAUGAGCUAUCUUACAAUGGAAGGCAGGAUCUGUCACACAAAGCUACAGCCUUACACAGAUAACAGAUGAUACUAGGAUUAAAAAGUGUGGGUUUGGUUUUAUUUUGCUUUCUCCAACUGACACUGGCUGGAAACUCCAAAAGCAAAUGAAUAAGUGGUCUGGAGAAAUGAUGCUUCAAAUGCACUGGGAGACUCAUCUGUGCUCUCAAGUCUUUGCAAAUUGCCUGGCCCCUACUAGCCUGCUUUCACUGCUUAAUUUAUAGCUGAUGCUAUAUAGAGUAACAAUUCUAGGGGUUCUAGCAUGUGUAAAUCUGCUAAAUAUUUCAGUCAGAGUUGUAAGUGAAACUCUGACUUCCUGGACAAUUUGUUCUAGUGCGUGCUAACGAAGAGGAUUUCCUCCUUAUAACAAUCAGUUCUUCCUUCUAUGUUGUCUGUAUUUUAGGUGAAAGAAUGAGAAGCCGCUGCACAGCAACAGCAGACACAGUUUGUGCCCCCUGUCAAGACAAUUACUUUAGCACUGAGCACAAUCACAGCUUCUGCAGGAGUUGUACAGUCUGUGACACUAAGAAGGGAAGCGUGGAAGUGAAGAAGUGUGAGAAGACCUCUGACAGAAUUUGCAAGUGUAUUCCUGGUUACAUGCCAGAUGUCAGAUAUGCACUGGGAAGUGUGUGCUUAAUGUGUCCUGAUGGGUUUUAUUCCCCAGGAGGAAAUGAAAGCUGUCGGCCUUGGACUAACUGCAGCGCUAUUGGGAAAAAGACUCUUCGAGCAGGGACAAAAUCAGAUAACGCUGUUUGCAGUGACAAUGGGACACAGCCAGCUACCUCUCAAAGUGCAACACCUACUUUGCAUCUUUCCACCAACUACUACAGGAAUAAUACAUCGACUGCAGUGCCUUCACCCUCCAAACCCAGUGUGAACCCUUUUGUUGUUUGCCCGGAUGCAAAGAGCCCCGCAGGCACUAACUGGGGGUCUCUAUCACUUAUCCUGAUUUGUCUGAUAUUGCUUAUCGUAUCUGGAAUAUCCAUUUUCAUGUUGAUUAUCCAAGCAGCCAAAAAAGAGAACAAGAGGAGGCCUUGCAGGAACGACCAUCAAAAAAGGAGCUUUCGAAUUCCUAUCCAGGAAGAACAAGUUGACUCCAAUUCCAGUCUCAUAAAAAACUGAAUCCACAUCACUUUACUGCAUCCUGCAUUUCUGAGCCAGUCGAUUGUAAUGAAUGUAACAGAACUUUCAGUUGCUGUAUGUGUGGGUGGGUGUUAACUGUUCAAUUGUGCUUCAGUUCCUUUGGGUCUCACUGAGUGGCCCUUAGGCAUCAUAGCUGUCCUUAGUGAGCCAUGAUUCCUUCUCCUUAGCUCCUACAUGCAGCAUCGCUGCUGCCAAGCCUGUCCUUUGUGUCCUACAGUCCUUUGUGCAUUUCUAACCAAUCAUAUAUGUAAUGGGAGCCUGUUGUCUUUGGAAAGCAGGAAAUCUUUAUGAAGCAGUAAGCGAUAAUCACUGAGCAGAUGGACAAACAAAAUCAAAAGACCUGCUUUAAUAACUAGACUUCUAUCUUGUCCUGCCACUCUGAGAUGCUAAGCAGAGCACAUCUCAGUGCAGCCCUUUUGAGUGUUUCAGGCUGACUCCCAGUGGAGUUCUUUGCCUUUUAGGUGGAGAAUCUCCACAAAUUAACCUAACCAGCUUCUUUUGCGCUUCCAUUUUCUCAGCUUUUUUGCUUCUCACUCAAAAUGAGCAGUACAUGGCAUCCGUGCCUCCAGAGGCAGUUGUCACAGCUGCCAAUUCUGGUGGUGGUUUUUAAGUGACUGUUGAUAAAUGGCUAUUUAGUGCCACUUCUUUCUUUUCUGCCUGUCUCUGAGGCAGACCUUGAGAGAAUGUCAUGUUCGGUAUUGAGCAGUAUCCCCAUAGACCAUCAAAUAGAAUUAUUCAUGACUUCAAAACAGCUCAAGCUCUCCAAUUGUUCAGAACAUCUGUAGACAUUCUCAUGUGUAUCAAAAGUAAAAUCUGUGUGAUUGCUGCCAGAAGGCAAAGGGAAUGGUUUCUUCUUUUAGAAUGUUAUUAAUGGAAACUGUAGUUCGGAGUAGGGGGAAAGGCAGGAUACAACUUGUCUGUGCUUUAGACUUCGGAAGUUGCUGUGAAUAACUCAUGUUUUAUCUAUAAACUCUGUGCAGUCAGCGUACUUCUUGCUUCCUCUCUGUGGAUGUUCUGUUGUGCUGAACACCCUGGUGUGGCUGUCCUCAGCAAGGCUGCUUCAGUCCAGCUUCGACUUCUCUGCAGUAAAAUGCUUUAAACUGCUUUUGUGGGGUUUGAUUGAUUGCUUCAAAGUAAUGUGGAUGCAGGGAGAAACCCAGGAGCAAGCUUGGUUCCAGACAGUAGAUUUGGGUUUGGGGAAAACCUUUUUGUAUCUUAAAUUGAGUGCAUGUACAUGGACAUAUAGAACUUCUGCUGGUGAGUGAUAACCUAGUGACAGUAACUCCCUGGAUGUUCACUUCUUAAUAAGAAGAGCUGAAUUUUUAACAGCACUGUGCAUAUGGAUCUACAAGGGUUGCAUUGUAACAAAGGUGUAUGAAGAUCACGUAACAGGGGAUAGGUGCACAAACCAUGCUUUGACUGCUUGUGUGGAUGCUCACCUUGAAUGUGCUGUCAAUGGAACCUCCAUUCAGAACUGAAGAAAUGUUCUUCACGUGGCUUGUGUGCAGUUGAAGCAGGCCUGGUUGUUUGCCUGCAUGCUGUAUGAAAUGAAUUUUACUUCUGUUGUGGUGUUUUCUUCACACGUGAAUCAGAAUCUGUCUUGGAGAGAACACUUCAGACAGCACACUGAAAAUGUAAUGCCUGAGGAAAAAACUGACGUGUUACUGUGGAUAGCUUUUGCUGUAAUUUGAAUACCUCAGUGUGUAAAAAGUUUAAGUGAACUUGAGAUUUAUAUCAUUCAGAUGUAUUUUUCACAUCAAAUACUCCUUAGUAGGUAACUUGUUAGAUGUAAUAGGUAUUUUAUACACAUGGUGUUAAAGCAUAUGCCAAAGUAUGCAGAAGGAAAUGUAUUCAAGAAUACUGCUGGUUGUGAUUCAUGUUUUUAAACAUAUGUUUUGUUAUAUGUUAUACAUAUGGUAUACUUAUUGGCUUCCUAUUUUGAAGUGCGUAUACAAUGUAUGUAAACAUUUGUAUUAUAUAUGAAGUGUAGUAGUGACUUUCAAAUAAACUGUGGCAGUGGUGAGGUGCAUGGAUGACUUGUAUGUCUGUAGAAUACAUUGACUGGUUCUGGAUGG